AUGUUCAUAGGCAACAAUCAAAUAACAAAGAAAGCUGUGGAUGAUAACCGUGUGGGGCCACUUUACAAGCAUAUUUUUCCUCCAGCUUUAGCGCCAUGGCUUUCAUUCGUUGGGUUGCCGUGGAAGAGCAAGUGGAUAGCUGGUACUCUGUGUGGUCGGCUUUCACUUCCUUCUCCCAAGGAGAUGAUGGCUGAUAUUCAAGCUUUCUACUCAUCAAUGGAAGCAUCUGGCACUCCAAAGCGGUAUACUCAUAACAUGGCUGGUUAUCAGUUCGAAUAUGACGAUUGGUUGGCUGCUCAGUGUGGUUGUCUGCCGACUGAAGAAUGGAGAAAGCAGAUGUAUGUUGAAACUUCCAUGAGAAAGAGGUCUCAGCCUGAGACAUACAGAGACCAGUGGGAAGAUGAACACUUGGUCAGACAGGCACAAGCUGAUUUUUCACAGUACUUUUCAAAAGUUCCCAGUAGCUAGAUAUCAAAAUCACCCUUCUAAUUGGUUGAUUUGUUGAUGGGGUUUGUUUAUUGUUUAAUCCUUGAUUUUCUCAAAAUCAUAUAGACUGGUGAAUAGUGGCAACGCAGUGUCACGAGUCUGUAAUUCUCAUGAACGUAACACUUGC